AUGAAAACCAGCCAGACGAAAACCAGCCAGACGAAAACCAGCCAGACGAAAACUAGCCAGACGAAAACUACAAAGACCAAAGCUAGCCAGACCAAAACUAGCCAGACCAAAACUAGCCAGACCAAAACUAGCCAGACCAAAACUAGCCAGACGAAAACUACACAGACCAAAACUACACACACCAAAACUAGCCAGACCAAAACUAGCGAGACCAAAACUAGCGAGACCAAAACUAGCCAGACCAAAACUAGCGAGACCAAAACUAGCCAGACCAAAACUAGCGAGACCAAAACUAGCCAGACCAAAACUAUCCAGGCCAAAACUAGCCAGGCCAAAACUAGCCAGGCCAAAACUAGCCAGACGAAAACUACACAGACCAAAACUAGCCAGACCAAAACUAGCCAGACCAAAACUAGCCAGACCAAACUAGCCAGACCAAAACCAGCGAGACCAAAACUAGCCAGACCAAAACUAGCCAGACCAAAACUAGCCAGACCAAAACUAGCCAGACCAAAACUAGCCAGGCCAAAACUAGCCAGGCCAAAACCAGCCAGGCCAAAACUAGCCAGACCAAAACUAGCGAGACCAAAACUAGCCAGACCAAAACUAGCCAGACCAAAACUAGCCAGACCAAAACUAGCCAGGCCAAAACUAGCCAGGACAAAACUAGCCAGGCCAAAACUAGCCAGGCCAAAACUAGCCAGGCCAAAACUAGCCAGACAAAAACGAGCCACACGAAAACUACACAGACCAAAACUAGCCAGACCAAAACUAGCCAGACAAAAACUAGCCAGGCCAAAACUACCCAGACAAAAACGAACCAGACGAAAACUACAAAGACCAAAACUAGCCAGACCAAAACUAGCCAGACCAAAACUAGCCAGACCAAAACUAGCCAGGCCAAAACUAGCCAGACCAAAACUAGCCAGACCAAAACUAGCCAGACCGAAACUAGCCAGACCAAAACUAGAGAGACCAAAACUAGCGAGACCAAAACUAGCCAGACCAAAACUAGCCAGACCAAAACUAGCCAGACCAAAACUAGCCAGACCAAAACUAGCCAGGCCAAAACUAGCCAGGCCAAAACUAGCCAGACGAAAACUACACAGACCAAAACUAGCCAGACCAAAACUAGCCAGACCAAAACUAGCCAGACCAAAACUAGCCAGACCAAAACUAGCCAGGCCAAAACUAGCCAGGCCAAAACUAGCCAGACAAAAACGAACCAGACGAAAACUACACAGACCAAAACUAGCCAGACCAAAACUAGCCAGACAAAAACUAGCCAGGCCAAAACUAGCCAGACAAAAACGAGCCAGACAAAAACUACAAAGACCAAAACUAGCCAGACCAAAACUAGCCAGACCAAAACUAGCCAGACCAAAACUAGCCAGGCCAAAACUAGCCAGACAAAAACGAGCCAGACAAAAACUACAAAGACCAAAACUAGCCAGACCAAAACUAGCCAGACCAAAACUAGCCAGACCAAAACUAGCGAGACCAAAACUAGCCAGACCAAAACUAGCCAGGCCAAAACUAGCCAGGCCAAAACUAGCCAGACGAAAACUACACAGACCAAAACUAGCCAGACCAAAACUAGCCAGACCAAAACUAGCCAGACCAAAACUAGCCAGACCAAAACUAGCGAGACCAAAACUAGCCAGACCAAAACUAGCCAGACCAAAACUAGCCCUACGAAAACUAGCCAGACCAAAACUAGCCAGGCCAAAACUAGCCAGGCCAAAUCUAGCCAGGCCAAAUCUAGCCCUACAAAAACUAGCCAGACCAAAACUAGUCAGGCCAAAACUAGCCAGACAAAAACGAGCCAGACAUAAACGAGCCAGACAAACAAGCCAGAGAAACAAGCAAAACAAAAAUGCCAAACAAACGAGUUAA